CGGGCAUCGGGCUGGUAAAUAAACUCCGCGAUGAUUUCCCUCCCUUGCGCCGGCCCAGGUGCCCGCCGCGCUCCUGCCUCCCGCUGCCGCCGGCGAGGAUGACCUGACGGGGACGUGGCUGCCUCCCCCCGCCCCACCUUUGCUUUUUUACCCCCCUCCCUCCAUAUAUAUAUAUAUACACACUCACACACAUGUAUAUAUAUAUAUAAAUACAGCCAGAGCCCAUCGCGGGGGAGCGGCGGGGAGCUCGGAUCAUGGCCCUGGGGCUCCCGGGGCUGCCGCCGCCGAUCCGCAGCUCGCCUCCGGGGCCCGGCGGCCACCAUGGGGCUGAAGGCGCGGCGCGGCGCGGCGGGCGGUAGCGCGGCCGGCGGGGCGGCGGCGGCGGCGGCGGCCGUGGGGCGGCGGGCGGCGGCGGGCGGCGGCGGCGGCGACCCCGAGCAGGGCUCGCUGGCCCUGGGCACCGGCGCCGACCGCGACGGGACGCUGCUGCUGGAGGGCGGCGGGAAGGAGGCGGGCGGCAAGCGGAGCCCGCCGGGGCUGGGGCUGCUGGCGAAGACCCCCCUGAGCCGCCCGGUGAAGCGGAACCACGCCAAGUACCGCCGCAUCCAAACUUUGAUCUACGACGCCCUGGAGCGACCCCGCGGCUGGGCGCUGCUCUAUCACGCCUUCGUGUUUCUGAUUGUCUUGGGGUGUUUGAUCUUAGCUGUCCUGACAACUUUCAAGGAGUAUGAAACUGUUUCGGGAGACUGGCUCCUCUUGCUGGAAACUUUUGCCAUUUUCAUCUUUGGAGCAGAAUUUGCCUUAAGAAUCUGGGCUGCUGGGUGUUGCUGUCGCUACAAAGGAUGGAGGGGGAGACUCAAAUUUGCCAGGAAGCCUUUGUGCAUGCUGGAUAUCUUCGUGCUGAUUGCUUCAGUGCCAGUGGUUGCUGUUGGGAACCAGGGAAAUGUUCUGGCCACAUCUCUCAGAAGCCUCCGCUUCCUUCAGAUCCUGCGGAUGCUCCGAAUGGACAGGCGGGGCGGUACAUGGAAACUUUUGGGAUCAGCCAUUUGUGCACAUAGCAAAGAACUCAUCACUGCUUGGUACAUCGGGUUCCUGACACUCAUCCUAUCCUCGUUUCUUGUUUAUCUGGUUGAAAAAGAUGUUCCUGAAAAGGAUGCUAAUGGGGUAGAGAUGAAGGAAGAGUUUGAAACCUAUGCAGACGCACUGUGGUGGGGACUGAUCACCCUCGCUACGAUUGGGUAUGGCGACAAGACCCCCAAAACAUGGGAGGGACGGCUGAUUGCAGCUACGUUCUCUCUCAUUGGAGUGUCUUUCUUUGCUCUUCCUGCAGGCAUUUUGGGCUCAGGGCUGGCACUGAAGGUCCAGGAGCAACAUCGUCAGAAACAUUUUGAGAAAAGAAGAAAGCCAGCAGCUGAACUCAUUCAGGCUGCUUGGAGAUACUAUGCUACUAACCCCAACAGGAUUGAUCUAGUUGCUACCUGGAGGUUUUAUGAAUCAAUUGUAUCAUUUCCAUUUUUCAGGAAAGAUCAAUUGGAUGGUACUGCCAGCCAAAAGCUGGGUCUCUUGGAUCGGGUUCGUGGUACCAAUACUAAAGGAAAGCUAUUUACCCCUCUGAAUGUAGAUGCCAUUGAAGAAAGUCCUUCAAAAGAGCCUAAGAAUGUUGUCUUGAAUAAUAAGGAGCGUUUUCGCACUGCAUUCCGAAUGAAAGCGUACGCUUUUUGGCAAAGCUCAGAAGAUGCAGGAACAGGGGAACCCAUAGCAGAAGAGAGAGGCGACACUAGCGACUUCCUUAUGGAAGAUAUGAUCCCCACAUUCAAGACAGCCAUCCGAGCUGUCAGAAUACUACAGUUUCGUCUUUAUAAAAAAAAAUUCAAGGAGACUUUGAGGCCUUAUGAUGUAAAGGAUGUGAUAGAGCAAUACUCAGCAGGACAUCUUGAUAUGCUUUCCAGAAUAAAAUAUCUUCAGGCAAGAGUAGAUAUGAUUUUUACACCUGGACCUCCAUCUACUCCCAAGCAUAAGAAAUCCCAAAAGGGAGGAGCUUUUUCUUACCCUUCACAGCAGUCUCCCAGAAAUGAUCCAUAUGUAGCCAAAGCAUCUACAGCAGAUACUGAAGACCAAAGUAUGAUGGGCAAAUUUGUUAAAGUUGAACGACAGGUUAAUGACAUGGGGAAGAAACUGGAUUUUCUUGUUGAUAUGCAUAUGCAUCAUAUGGAACAGCUGCAAAUACAAGUCGCUGAAAUAAGUCCAUUGAAAGAAACUGCUUCUCCUGCAAAAGACAAGAGAGAAGAAAACAAAUAUUCUGAAUUAAAAACAAUAAUAUAUAAAUACACUGAGCAGUGUGCUCAUGAAACUCCUUACAACUUCCAGCAGGUUCCAGUCAACAAAGUCAGUCCUUAUGGUUUCUCAGCACAUGGUCACUUGACCCAUUCACAACCUUUAUCAAUAGGUGGGCAAAACUCUGGCAAACUGCAAGCCACACCUUCCUCAACUUCAUAUGCAGAAAGGCCAACAGUUUUGCCUAUAUUUACAUUAAUGGACUCCCAGGUUAGCUACCACUCUCAAGGAGACCUACAAAGCCCUUACUCAGAUAAGGUGUCUCCAAGGCAGAGAAGGAGCUUAACAAGAGACAGCGAUACACCAUUAUCCCUUCUCUCCGUCAACCACGAGGAACUUGAGCGCUCCCCAAGUGGCUUCAGUAUCUCCCAAGACAGAGACGACUUCCCGUUUGGCCCCAAUGGGGGAUCAGCAUGGAUGAGAGAGAAACGCUACCUAGCAGAGGGGGAAACGGACACAGACACCGACCCUUUCACACCAAGUGGCUCCAUGCCUUUGUCUUCUACAGGAGAUGGGAUUUCAGAUUCAAUAUGGACCCCUUCAAAUAAGCCAGUUUAAAAGUGCGUGUGGGGGCAGUCACUGGUUGACUUCUCCAUGUAAUGUAAGCAUACUUUGUAUAUCUCACUUACUCUACACCCAAAGCUUACUAGUUCAAAACACCAAUGGCUGCAUAAGAUGCAUGUGAUAUUAGUGGUAGUCAUUCUGCACCAUUUCAUACAAUUUACUAAUGCAGUUUUUUUCAUGCUACCAAAACUAAGGAGCUUAGUUUUGAGCAUGGUUUGCAUGACUUUACCCUAUAUAAAUGGUACAGCUGAUUUCUUCUAUGAUACAUAUCUAUCUGAUACUCUUCAAUACAACAAUGGUGAAUUGAUAACAGGUGAGAUAUGGUGGUCCUUGCUACAUUUUGUAAACAGAGCAGCAAAGUAAAAAUAUUUUUAGGAAUAAUAUCCCUUUGUGGAAACAUAACAUCUCAGUCCAUUUUCCAAUAUAAGUAAAUCAAUCUCCAACCAACUUAGCCAAGAACAUCUAAUACAAAGCAGGGAAAAAGCUGAGUCAAAGUAAAUGACCUUACUUUUUGUAAUUUGUGAACCAAAUGUUUCUCAUGUGAUCUAUUAUACAACUACCGGUGAAAUACAAUGUCAAAAUGAAAUUACAGGUAGAAUUUAAAAUCAUCAAAUCCACCUCCUGCGAUUGGUCAUGGGCAUUUAUUAUUGUAAAAUGUAAAUAUAAAUCCCUCAAACUACUUUGAAAAUAUCCACUAGUAUUUAUAAAACUGCUCAAAGCAUGACUACAGUGCUAUUUUGAGGAAAUUUUUUGCUCAGCCCAUUUGUUACUUAUGAGGCCAAAAAUAAGUUUGCACAGUGUAGGGAACUCCAGGUUUAUACACCCCACUCUUUUAUUGACUUAUGUGCUGCUAAGUAAGCGGCAUAAUAUAACUGUGCCUCAGUUUCCCAAUCUGUUAAUUAGGAGUUAUACUUGUAUACAAAUAUACAGGUUGUAAGACUCAGUUCACUAAUAUUUGCCAAGCGCUUUUACCUCCUCAGAUGUGCAGAGUAUCAUUAUUCUGUUCCCUGGGAGUUCCACAAUGUGGGAUGCUGCCAGGAUCUGUUUCCCUCUCUUUACUGUUUCUCUUGGAAAUGGACUGCUCCAAAUCCAUGAAUGUGUGUCAUAUUUAAGAUCAAUGUAUGAAUAGGUAAAUACCAUUUUUUGCCACCUACACCUGAGCAACGGAAGGAUAAGUAUGCUCCCUAGGCCUCAGCCAAUUUUUUUUUCAUGGGAAUUGGAAAUUACGUUGAGGGAGAGCAGGAAAACAAUCCAACCCACUGGCAACAGGGCAGAAAUGAAUCAAAGAUCUCAUCACUACACUGGGAACGCAGUAUCUAUACAGCUAGUGAAACCAACCUGACCAAAUAUCCUAUGCAGGAUUCAUCUGAUGUCAGUCUUGGUGUCCAUGAAAUAGUGUCUAUCUGAUGUCAAGUUCAAUGGCUAUGCACUCUGUACAGCUGGUGGAAAACUGAUCAGUACAGUUGGUGAGCACAGGGUACAAGACCCAAAGCACACAUCAGCUUUAGGAUGAGGUUAAUCUUAUCUUUAACUCAAUUAUCUACAAUGACCAAAUUUCUACCAACUCCAGAGGGAGCAGAGGGUGACUUGCUUAGAUGUCAGAUGAUCAGAGACCCCCCACAGUCAGUGGGAAGGCUCUCACCCCUACCCACUGACCCAAGGUGCAGCCUCUCUACUAUGGCUUAUGUCUACCUCUUGUUGAGAAGGACCCCUGUCACUCCACACAAUGACUUCAUCACCAUGGCGAGAGCACUGACCAACAAAGACACAAGGAUUUGGCCCAUGUAAGGUGUUGGGAAGUGAACUUUCUGUAGUGACUCCUUGUAUUAUAUUACAGCUGCACAACUGAGCAUCGUUGGCACAUCCAGUCAGCGCACAAGAAAGAGAUACACGUUACUGGGCUUCCCAUGUGUAACUGGGUAUUGCACAGACCAGGAUAGAGUGUGCUUCAAUGGAAGAUACCUUGUUGGGUUUUGCCCACUGUAGGAAACAUAGUGUUUGAUUCCUCACUAUCGUUGGCAUCUCAUAACAGCCAUUCCAUCCAGGGAGCUUCUAUUUUCUUCCAGAUAUAGGCAUUGCCUUCAUCUUCAUUGUUUAUUCUCUAUUUAAAGAGCCAUCUAAAAGAUUAGGAUCCUCUUCAUCUGAUUCUUCAGCUAAAUCAUGAUACAUCCUUCUGGGAUAGAUCUUCAGUAACUACAACAAAUUGCUGUAGUUACUUGAGUAAAUAAUGCAGACCAGAUAGAGCCUUUGAAGACUGGGCUGAGUCCACGGAGCUGUUUUAAGGCCAGUAACUACGAUGACAUGAGGUACAAUUUGGGUAAUUACUUAAUUGACAAAAUAGCCAUUGACCUGAAAGAUAAUCUGUGUUUGGUGCAGUUUCAUGGCUAAACUUGAAAGGAAUAAAACUAGCUAACAGAAGUGUAAUUUACUAUAAUUUGGCAUAUUAGGAAGAAUUCUUUGGCCAUCAGUGAUUCUUGGAAAUACCUAUAUUGCACCUGCUGCAACCUUUCUGAUGCGUGUCUGCGGCAAGUCCUAAGAUUUAACCCUCACAUGACAAAUGAAUGAAAAAGAAUGAAACUUAAUUUUAACACUGCCAGUCUUACUCUGAAGUUGGUGUAAGCAUAUGCUAGACAAACCUGCUUUACUUUGCUUAUACGUCAGGUGCCUGGCGUUCCUACUGACUUCACUUGAGUUGGGGCCUUUUUAAAAUGCUUUCUAGCUCUGAGAAAUCAAAAAUCAAGGCAGCCAAAAACCAAGUGCAAUCUGAGAAAUUUGUUUGUGAAUGCCUCUGACAGUGGCCGUGCCACGCAGUUCCCUGCCCAAUUGCCCCUCAAAUCCUUCAGUUCAGCUUUCUAAUCUCUCCCACGCCAGGUCAUAUAAAGGGAAUCUUUUCUCAGUAAUAAACCUGGCUCAAAAUCCAUAAAUCACCUCAUUAUAGAGGUACGUUCAUUCCAAGAGAAAAUCCAAGCAAGGGCAGAGACUUGGAUGAGUCUUCACCUGCACACAAAGUGCAGCUCCAGAGAAAGUGGGAUUUGGGCUGCCCUGCACUGUGUACACUUAGCAGCUGAACUGCCUUCAAGCUGGCAUUUCCUAUGGGCUGUAAGCACCAAUUUACUAGAUGCAGCUUAAAAACACCAGGUCAGGUAUUUGCAGCCACAUAAUGAAAUAUUUGAUCGUGUGCUAACUGGCCAGAUAAGAUCUGCCUCUUCUUAAAAGGCACUGGUGGUAAGCUCAGCAAGACCAUCUGCAGUGGACAUCUCUGGAUCCUCUGGAAGAGACCCAAGAAGAGGGUCAAGGAAGUCUGAUGAGCUUAUUUUAAUAUUUUUUUCUAACACUUUCUUUUUGCACUGAAACCAGUCACUGUUCUGUUCAGAAUGGUGAUGUGCUCAGCAGCUCUCUGCCUCCUACAUCAUCUGGAUUAAAAAUAGGGUGUGCAUCAGUUCUGCUGUCUGUGCUGACAACAGAGAUGUGUCAAGCUGUCACCAGCAAGGUGAGAUCUGGAGACGAUCCCUGAUCUGGGAUGUGCACACGAACUCCCUCAGACUCCAGUUCAAAUUGAGUCCUGGAAGUGUAUCAACCCUGAACCACAGUUUAUAGUCUGCCAUCGAUACUGGACAAAACACAAUCAAGUAUUUGUGAUUAUUGGCCCUGGCAGCAUGUGAAAGGUCAGGACCUGUUUUGCAGAACAGGUUCACCCCAUACGAAGAAUCAGUUAUUCACAAUUUCAUCUGAGAGAGGCGUCUGGGUCAAGACUACUCUUCAUACUGGGAAUGGUUUAGAUUUAUCCCUUCUUUUAUUUGUGUGUGACAUGUCAGUUUAACAGCUAUCAACUUUGCUUGGGUCAGAUCUUCAUAGCAGGUAGACUGACACCAACACAUUGUUUAUGUAUAGUUAACAUUAAAGAAAAUUAACCAUUAGAAUCCACUCUUUGCUGACUCUUAAAUCCUACAAGUGACCAAGGAUUAAUUUCAUGGCUUGAGAUGUUUUUCAUGAUCAGAAAGUGUGGGGCUUUCUUCUGCUGUCACUGAAGUCAGUAAGAAACCUUGUUAUACUGAUGCGCUGGGAGCAGGAUUGGGCCUUAUUCUACCUUUAUUUAUUAAUUCCUUUCUGAAAGACAGCACAGAUCUGGAGACAUUUUUCUUAGCUACAUUUUUAAGCUGAUUUUUCAGUCGCUAAUGAAUGACAUAGAGCUGUGUCAGUAAAGAACUUACACAUCUGCAAGUUUUUGAAAAGGUGAAUCUGUGUUUACAUUGUGUACCUCUCUUUGCAGCAUUAUUUUCAACCAAGCUCCGUCACUUUCCGUUCAAACUGAGAAUAUUUCACUGAGGCUAAAGUAUGCAGGCAUAGAAAAUGUGGUUUAUGGUCCAUUUAAGGACCUGGUCCUUUAAAAAUCAUCUGGUCGGGUAAUGGCUGUUGUCCUUGCCUUGGCUUUUCCCUGCACUGAAUUAAAGUCUGGCUCCUGUCAAAAUAAAAGGGAAUUCAGCACAUGGAGAAAUUGAUUGAAAAGUCCCUAAACUGACUUUGGCUAUAUUUGCUCUGUUCUUAUCUGUAACUUUGCUGAAUUGUUAUGGUUCAGAGUGAAAAUAGUUUUAAAUUUUUCUGCUUCAAAUUGUGGCCCAGCAGUGCGGCAAACUAAUUCCCACCUGAGCCUGUGCGUAGCGGGGCCGCUGACUUGUGGCCUUCAGGCGAGCACCGUGGUCCAAUCAGUUUGCAAGAUCACAGCCUAAAGCAAUCAGAAAAUACAGGUUAAGGAGCAAAUUCAGCCCUGCUGGGAGCCCAGUUGUUGCGGGGUGUCACAUCUACCUGUGUAAGAACUGAAUUUGUCCCACUUAGUGCAGAGCAUGUGAGAAAGAGCUGGAUCUUGAGACUCCUUGCACCCCACAGCCCCCACCAAUAAGCUUCAGGUGCCUGAGAGCUGCAAACCUAAAUCUUCUACAGCGCCUCACGAAUUUGGUGUGAUACCACUUUUUCAGGAGCCCAGCUGAACAUGGGUGUUCACUUUUGAAGGCCAGUUUCAGAGGUGCAGAGGAAAAAGGGGCAAUUUUCAAGUGAUUUUAGCUGGGUACUGUGGGAGCGAAGAUCCUGGGUAUCACUAUUGUUUCUGAUUAUUUAGGCUGUAAGAUUUGAUCCUCCCCAAUUCAGCUUUUAGUAGCUUUCCUCUGAAGUUAAGUGAAGCAAAAUACUGGAAGUGGGAUCCUAUUUCCAUCCUCAAGAAUAGGCUGAGACUGAAGGUUACAUAGCCAACUGCAUUUUGUUUUCUAGUUCUGGCAUCUUAUUAUUACUAGUAUUUGUGCCUUGCUCACUGAAAUUUUCUCCAUGCUACAAAGAUGCUUUUCAGAUUCUGGCUGACAAGGGAACACAACUUUUAUACAAGUGGCCUUUAGUGCUCUUUAUAAUAUUAUUUAUUGUAAUUUUUAAACUGUAUGUGUAAUUUAUAUUCUGGCACUGUCCAAUAUUUGAAUAACUUUAAUAUGUUUAUUUCAAUAUAUUAUGCAAACAAUACUUCUUAACUGAUUUUUUAUGUUCUGUCUUUAAAAACUGCACCACUUAUUAAUAAAUAGAAAUUUCAAUUAUGAUAUGGAGUAAUUUCAUUUAAAUAGUGAUACCUUCACACAUAUUCAAGGAACACAGGGUCAGAUGUGACCCCAGCAAAGGCAUUGGCAGAGAUCCUUUCGACUUCACCCACGCAGGACUGAGGCCAUAGCUACAGGCAAGCUUUACCUGGCUUCCACAGCUCAUCCUGUUAUAACAUAGAGUAGAUCCUGUUAUUUGUGAUUUCUUUUGAUUUAGUGACCAUGUAACUUACAUGGCUUUGAUCAUAUGUAUGUGGGAAAAUGAAAACGAGGGAAAGCAUAUUCAAAUUAGAGACACUAAUGUGCUAAAAUAUGAACUUGCAUGGAAAAUUUAUGGAGAUCACAGUAAUGGCACAAAGCUGCUCUGAAUGUCCUCUGCAGGGAAUUUAACAGCUGGCAACAGGGUUAGGUUUGGAUGAACUCCUGAAUUCUGCCCCUGGUUCUGUUGCCGUGUUUCUGUGUGGUCUCGGACUCUCAUCUUCAGCUGUCUGUCCGUCUUCCUGAUGUGCAAAACCUCCAGAAGGCUGCUCGCUUGCCUGUGGGGCAGUAUGAACUAUUAAAAAUGUCGUGCCCUCUUACACAAAUAGCAGGGUGUUACUGAGGAAAAUUAACCUCAGAUGUCUUUUCUACAACUGGUUCUGUUUGUACUUUUUGCUGGGGAUAGAACU